AGUUACAACAGAAAUGUUUGUGAUAUUGAAAACUAGGUUCAACCGAAAAUAUAUUUAGAUUUGAACUUUAUUGAAUAAUUACAGUUGUCAAAUUUUAGGAUAGGGAAAGGAAUUUUUUCUUAAAUGGCAGGAGAAGUUAUUGUUGAUGCAUUACCAUAUAUUGAUCAAGGAUAUGAUGAACCUGGAGUUAGAGAAGCGGCUCUGGCGAUGGUUGAGGAGGAAACGCGGCGGUAUAGGCCAACCAAAAAUUAUUUAGAACAUUUGCCACCAUUAAAUAUAACAGCUUUUGAAACAGAUGUAAUGAAACAUGAAUUUGAGAGAAUGCAAAAUCGUUUACCAAUGGAAGUACUUAGUAUGAAACGGUAUGAGCUACCUCCACCUCCUCCAGGAAAAAUGAAUGAUCUUGCUGCAUGGAAUGAAAGUGUAGAAAACAGCAGUGCUCAAUUGGAACAUCAAGCAACAAGAAUUUGUAAUCUUGAAUUGAUGAUGGAAUAUGGAUGCGAAGCAUGGAAAUCAUAUUUAGAGAUAUUAGUGCAGUUAGUAAGUCAAGCACAAAAGCAACUACAAGCAUUAAGGAAAAAGAUCCAAGAAGUUAAUUGGCAAAGAAAAUCAAUGCAAACUCAAGGAGGAGAAAAAUUGAGAGCAUUGGAAGCACAAUGGGUUGGAUUAGUGUCAAAAAAUUAUGAAAUUGAACAAGCAUGUGUUCAUUUGGAAGAGGAAAUACAGAAGUCAAUGGUAAAUAAAGGAGAAGGAAUGGAGAUUAGUGAUGUACCAGGUGAGGAGGAACCAGAUGUUCCUGGGAAAAGUGCUACAGAAGUUAUGGCAUCAGAAAUGGAUCAACAGGAACAGCAAGAAAAUCAAGAAAUGUGAAGCUUAUACAAUAUAACAUUUAAAUUAUGUACAUACAGUUAUAAAUAACAAUUUUUAUAUUAU